UCCAAGCGAGCUCGGUUGAGAGGAACCAAGACAAGUUGAGCACCGGUGACCGCACCCAAGAAACCCAGGCCACUCUCUAUCCCCUGUCCCCUGCGCGGCUUUUAUUCUGUGGAAUCUGCACUGAUUCCCCCCAACCAUGAUUGCGCCAGAGGGGCUCGAUCAAAUACCACGCCAGCCGUCGGAUCAACUCACGGAGGCGCCACUGCGAGCGCGAAGCCCCUCGCUGCUGCCCGGGAUCGGGUUCGCCGCCGUGGGUGCGGCGGCAGGGAUGGGGGAAGGAGGAGGGCGGGAAGGGGAUUGGGAGUGCGGGGGUUGCCGGAACCGCAACUACGCGUUCCGGUCCCUGUGCAACCGGUGCAAGCAGCCCCGCCUUUUGGUGGACACCAAGACCCCUGCCGACUCCAAGUGGCUCCCCCGCAUCGGUGACUGGAUCUGCACCGGUUGCAGUAACAACAAUUAUGCAUCCAGAGAAAAGUGUAAGAAGUGCGGCCAGUCAAAGGAGGAAGGGGCAUUGCCAGCAAUUGCAAUGCCUGGAGUAUCUAUGCCAACUUAUGCACAAUAUUUUGCCAUGAUUCAUGGACUACCUGGAUCAAAGAUGAAUUUUGGGAUAACAGGGAAUCCUGCUAUUCAUCCACUUCCCCCAAGUUCUGAUUGGUCAUACAGGGGACCUGAUAGAUAUAGGCUUCAGCCUGCUUCCAGCUGGUCCUUAAGUGGUAGCAGUGGAAGUGAAUACUCACAUGCAAGUAACAGAAAUCAGCUUCCUGUGGCCCCAAAAGGAUGGCGCAAUGGUGAUUGGAUAUGCAACUGUGGCUUUCACAACUACUCAUCCCGUACACAGUGUAAGAAAUGCAAUGCACCUGCAUUGUCUGGUGUUACUUCUUCAGCACUGAGUUCAGCAGUUUCAGAUACAUUUCCAGCUUUGAGAACAAAACGAUUGGCAUCGGAAGAGCUUGUUACUGACUGGAAUAAUAAAAGGCUGAAUGCAGGAGAUAUAAAUAGUCAAUUUCUGACAAGUGGACAGCAGCAGUCAUAUCAGGGUUUCGAGCAACCAGUAGGAUCCAGUUAUGAUCAAACAUUUGGGAUGUAUGCUAAAUAUUCCUGUGGGAAAUUGUUGCCAACACCAACAAUGCAAGUAAAUAUGCAGCCUGCACAACAGAGAGCAGUGCCUAUGCUUUUAGGAAAAGGUGCAAAACAAUGGCGUGAAGGGGAUUGGAUGUGCUGUAACUGCAAUAAUCAUAAUUUUGCAUCUCGUUCUUAUUGCAAUAGAUGUAAAGUUCAGAAAGACGUUGCUUUGCAUUCUGGAAGUGUUGGGUAGCAUAUCUCCUUUGUUCCUAGACAUGGCUGAUUGGUCUUAGAGCCUAAUUGAAGGCUGGUCUCAGAACCUACACUUGAUGAGAAGAAAACCAUCAGACGAGAAGUGGGUUUUUUCUAGUGCUGAAUAAAGAUUCACUAGUGUGCUUAGUUUUGUUUAUAUUCUUAUAGUACAAAUUCAUUGGUAAUGUGCCUUCUCCUGGAUGAUUGCAAACAAAUAUGUACUCAUAAGACACUAAUAUUUGAGUUCUUAACUGAAGAUGUAACAGGGAUGUAAUUAUGAAGAUUAUGCUGCGUGUCUGUUAGUUUUACAGAGUAUAUGCAACUGGCUCUAACCAAAUUGUUUAGGUGAAGCUUUAUCUGCAGGCCUUCUUUUAC